UGAACUUUGAGCUACUAUCAGUAGAAAGAUAGUUAGGUACUGAAGGCAGGUCAGUUCCUGAAAUGCGAUUGAGCGUAGAUCAAGACAGCCACGAACAUUUCAAAGUUGAACAAUGAGGAAUAUUUUUUGAGGAACCCCUUUCAGAUAAAACGGACAAAUGCUGAAAGCUGAGCGGGACUAACGAAGGAUUCGAGCGAUGGAGGACGGCUGGGAUGCGGCCUUCGCGGUUCUCAGGAUGUGGUUCUCCGCCGUGGUGGCGCUGAUAAUGUUUCCUGCCAUGUUCGGGGUCUCCCUGGGGAUCACCGAGGUCUACAUGAAGGUCCUGGUGAAGACUCUGGAGUGGGCCACCCUGCGGAUCCAGAGGGGGAGAGGCGAACAGCAGCGCCUCAAAGCCUCCCCGUCGAACGGGAUCAUCCAGCGGGGGGACGGGUCCAUGGAGCAGGAGAUCGGGGACCUCCGGCGGUGCCGUCCCAAACCCCCGGUGGGCGGGGACUUCACCCUGAGCGACGUCUUCUACUUCAACAGGAAGGGCAUCGAGAGCAUCGUGGAGGACCAGGUGACCCAGCGCUUCAGCUCCGAGGAGCUGGUCUCCUGGAACCUGCUCACGCGCACCAACAACGACUUCCAGUACAUCAGCCUCCGCCUCACCAUCCUCUGGGGCCUGGGCGUGGCCAUCCGCUACUGCCUGCUGGCUCCACUCAGGAUCACCCUGGCGGCCAUUGGUCUGAGCUGGCUGGCGAUCGGAACGUCUGUGGUCGGGCUGUUGCCCAGCAGCAGGGCGAAGAACUGGCUGAGUGAGCUGGUCCACCUCAUGUGCUACAGGAUCUGUGCCAGGGGCCUGUCUGCCACAAUCCACUACCACAACAAAGGAAACAGACCCAAAAAGGGAGGGAUUUGUGUGGCCAAUCACACGUCGCCGAUUGAUGUCGUAAUUCUGGCCAAUGAUGGCUGCUAUGCUAUGGUGGGUCAGGUGCAUGGUGGCUUGAUGGGGGUCAUUCAGAGGUCAAUGGUGAGAUCUUGUCCUCAUAUUUGGUUUGAGAGAUCAGAGAUGAAAGAUCGCCAUCUUGUGACCCAGAGGUUGAAAGAUCAUGUGGCUGACAAGACCAAGCUUCCCAUAUUAAUUUUCCCUGAAGGGACCUGCAUCAACAACACAUCGGUCAUGAUGUUUAAAAAGGGCAGUUUUGAGAUUGGAGGAACGAUAUAUCCUGUGGCCAUCAAGUACGACCCCCAGUUUGGCGAUGCCUUCUGGAACAGUGCCAAGUACAGCAUGGUGAGCUACCUGCUGAGGAUGAUGACCAGCUGGGCCAUCGUCUGCAACGUGUGGUACCUGCCCCCCAUGGAGCAGGAGGAAGGAGAGGAUGCUGUCCAGUUUGCCAACCGGGUGAAAUCUGCUAUCGCACACCAGGGAGGGCUGGUGGACUUGUCAUGGGACGGGGGCCUGAAGAGAGGGAAGGUGAAGGAGACGUUGAAGGAGGAGCAGCAGAAAAUGUACAGCAACAUGGUUGUCGGGGACGACAGCAGUGACUGAUCGCGGCGCGUGGCUAACGAGCUCCGGAUUCCCCGUGUCAGAGAGCGCGGUGGGGGGGGGGGGGGAGGUCUCUGAUCUGAACUGUGCUUCAUGACCCGGACGCCUCAGCACAGCGGCCAUUUUGUUUUUCUUUCUGUUGGACAUAUGGACAUGGGAACGCUUUGUUUGACAACCAAGGGACAGGUUUGUUUUGUUUUGUUGUUAUCAUUGACUAACAUUUAGGAGGUAUUUUCAGGUUUCAAGGUAUUUUCACCCAUAAUGAGUCACCCACUUAGAAAUGCAUAUUAACAAAAAAAAAAGCCAAACUUGCUUAAGUGUGGAAUUUGAAUGUACUUCCAGCCACAUUAAUGAGGCUUUUGUGUAAUGACUCAUCCAUACUUACAGUGGUUUACUUUAAAGAGUGAAAAGAUGCCUGCAGAAAAAUGCCUGCUGUUGUCAUACUGUAUAUGUCACAUAUUAUGUCGCUGAAAAUGGAGUGCUUUUAUUUUUGAAGUAUUUCACCAAUAUUUGGGCAUGACGAUGAUAAAAAAAGACAGAAGAAUCCCCUUUACAGUAUGCUCUUCCUGUACACAUUCAUUUGCCACUGAGGUAUUGCAGUGUGUGUUUUUGUGUUCACGUAAUCUCAUCAGUAUGGCAACCUGUUUCUUAUCUCCACUUUUUCUGUAUGUGGUGAUGGGAAUGUUAACAGGAUAUUGAUAUUGCAAUUUUUUGUUUUGUUUUGUUGUGUAUAAAUUUAAAACGGUGGUUCCCCAGCCGAAUCCAGGUUUCGAGCACACCUGAUGCAACUCCUCAAGAUUAGUUGCAUCAGGUGUUCUUGAGGUGGAACACAUCAAAUGCCUGGAUUUGACUGAGGGUACCUGUGGAGAGGUCUGGGAAUCACUGAUUUAAAAUAAAUCCCUUGAAUUAAUUCACCCGUCUGGCGUUUGUCAACCACCCUGAGCUUUUAAUGCCUUGCAUUCAGAAGAUCUGUGAAUUGUGCCAAAUUGGUCACCUGUUCUGCUAAAAGCCAGAUGACUAAAUUCUGUCAAUUAUAUCUGGUCUUGUCUGGUACAAAGUUAUACAAUAAUUCACAAUAAAAAUAAAGUAUCCAAAGUACA